GCCAUGAAUCAUUGAGCUGGUGAUGAGUCUCCUGUGUUUUUAACCUGAGUGCCUCGAUGUGGGCUCACUAAAAGGACGUUGAUGGCGUCGUUAACGAUAGUUUGUUCGGUCUGUACACUUGUUAAUCAUCAACGAAUCGCUGUCGAUAGAAUUGCAAAGUGAAGAAUUUUGAUAAUAAAUGUAUGACAACUACAAGAAACGAGGUGGUGACCUAUUAUUGUUAACGAAUGUAAAUUAGAAAUGUGAGAUUGCAUUCGAGGUUUUUAUAUUAAAGAGAACGGGCAAGUAAUUUAUUCUGGUUUUCGGUAAUCGAGAUGGCAACUGAUAAAAGUACAGUCAGUCUGAAAGAGACGAAAUGUGUUAGCGUUAUGAGGGAGCCGUUUUCAAAGGCCCACGUACGCGAAUCUACUGUUGAAAGCAAAGUGCAGAUGAUUAAAGGUGGUCUGUUCCUUGGGUCUGUAGCCACAGCUGGGAUGCUAGCAGGGUUUGGUACAACUCUUGCCAUAGCAAAAAAGAAAAGUCCUGGAUGGUUCAAUAAGGGAAUUAAUGCAACUAUUGCUGUUCCUGAAAGUGGGACAUUACUGGCCUUGAGAGCCCUAGGCUGGGGUUCUCUUUAUGCUUGGUGUGGGGCUGGUUUGCUUAGUCUUACAAUAUGGAAGGCUUUAGGAGUACACAGUAUUCCUUUGUCUGGAAGUAUGAAUAAGGAACAGGAAGGCAUAACUAAAAGUGAACAUUUUCCCAGAGACCUAGCAUGCCCAGUAUUUGCUCAGCAGAUGGGAGCAGACACCAAGAAUGUGGUGAGGUGGGCUUGCUGUGAAGAUGAUCAGCAUAAUGGAGUAGAAGAACACAAGGCUCCCUUAUGAAGAAAAGGGAGAAAGAUUCCCCAUCCAGUUGUCCUACAAGGAAGUCCAAAAUUUAACUUUAAAGCUAUCAGUACUUCACAUGGGCUCUUUUGGCUCACUCAUCAACUCUUAGCAACUUUGGUCUGACUGUGUCAAGUCAGUGCCCCAAAUCUGUUCAAGCCUUUGAUUAAUAUCAUAGUUUGAUAUUGAUGGAUCAGGGAACAAGGAAUGAUGGUGGAAAGGCCAUGGCAAACAUUCAAAGAGCGCAUGGAAGACUUGAACAUCUGUUCGUUCCUGUGUAACACCCAAGUAAAAUGGGAAAGAUAGCAAAACCAUGAGUUACAAGCUGACAGAAUUCCGAGAAAAGAUGCAAUCAAUGUUUCCUGAAAUUCCAAAAAGCACGGAUGUAUCACAGGGUGCUGAGCAAUUCAGUUGGGAAAAUCUGUUCAAAUCAAAGUAGAUUGGUACUGACAAGUGUGCAUAUGUAAAUGGAAACUAAAAUAAACAGAUGCAACUUUUAUACAUUA